ACGCCCACGCCGUCUUGUCGAUUUAACCUGAGCUCGACGUCACCGCCGCCCUACCCAGCUCUCCCGCCCUUCCCGUUCACAAUUUCGCCAAAUUCACACCUGGAGAACUCGGCCUGCAGAUAGAGGGCGAGCAUGACACCAGAGGAAGAAGCUGCGUCGGCGCGUGCCGAAGAGCAGGCGCGGCUGCGCAAGGCCCGUCGGGAGGCCAAGAUCCGCGCCGGCGCCGAGUCGAGGCUGAAGACCAUCACCGGCCUCGCAAGCGGCGUCCCGCGAGACUCUCCGCCAGCAGCGACGGGAGCGCCUGCCGCUUCCUCGACAGCAGAGAGCGCCCCCGCCCGCACCACGCCCGUGGCGGGCCAACCCAAGCACGCCGACCCCGAAGAAGUCGACAUCUCGCAACACUUCUACCAGCCGCGCACCACUGCCCGCUUGGGCCCGUCCUCCUCCUCCUCCUCCGCCUCCAACAGCGCCGGCAACAUCUCCGACGCCCAGCUCCGCCAGAUGAUGCUCGGCCUCGACCAACCCACCCCCACCUCCGGCACGCCAGCCCCCGACACCGCCGACGAGCAGAUGCUGCGCAUGAUGAUGAAGAUGCUCGGCGCCGACCCCAACUCCGCAUCCACCACCACCACCACCAGCCCCGCCCCAGGCACCACCAACGCCCCCGUGCUCCCCGCCCGCUCGACCGCCCUCUACCGCCUCCUCCACACCCUCGUCGCCCUCUCGCUCGGCCUCUACAUCGCGCUGUACACGCCCUUCACAGGGACCAAGCUCUCGCGCGACCGCGCGGCCGCCGCGGCCGCCGGCUCGGCCGAGGAGCGCGAGCGCCUGUACGGCGACGCCGACACCGCCGCGGCGACGCGCAAUUUCUUCUGGGUCUUCGCCACCGCCGAGGCGCUGCUGCUGACCACGCGGCACCUGCUGGACCGCGGGCGCAGCAGGCUGGACGCGGCCGUCGCGGGUGGCGGGCCAAAUGGCGGCGGUAGCCUGUUGGGACUGGUGGUCGGGUUCCUGCCCGACGGGGUGCGGGGCAAGGUCGAGUUGGCGAUGCGCUAUGGCGAGGUGCUCGGCGCGGUGCGGCGGGAUGUGCUUAUUUGUGUGUUUGUGCUGGGCGUGGCGGCUUGGUGGCGGGGGUAGUAAAAUACAUACAUGCCCGGUGGGUUGGUUAGAGGGGCGGGUGGGAUAUGGUGAGUGGCGCUCAAAUAAGUAGGUUUAGCACACUUGUUAUUGCUCAAUGACUUCGAUGUUGUGGAUGUGGUUGUGAUUGUGCAAGUGAAGGAUAGGGUGGCUGGCUUCGGUCCGAGUGCUCCCUUCAUGCGAUGCUGACAAGAACCGACUUAGAGGGCAGCAGGCAGCAUACGAAGGGUAGCCACCCCCUUAGGCUCCUAGGAGACAUUAG